AUGCCGAAUGAUGGCUUCGGUGAUGUGGGAAAUGAUUUGGCAGACAGUGACGAUGAUUCUUUGCUUGAUGUUAUUGGUAUGGUUGGUGGAAAGAGUAAUCCAGUAGCAGAAAACAACAUGGAAAGUCCAAGUGCUUCGACCGCAACUCGGGUGACCACUCCAAGUAGUACAUCAACUUCCGUUGACCAAAGAACUCCAAGGCCAUCGCCAACACUGGCAACACCCACCCCACCAGGUAAGAGAGCCCCCCCUCCUGUUAUUUUAAAACAAAAGAGCCCAAAUGCUUCAAAGAAAAAGCAAACACCUGGUGAUCCGGUCAUCAUUUCUGCAAGAAAACGUAUCAAAGAGGAGACCAUGGAAUCCUUUCUUCGUACAUCACAGAGUCAGCUGGAUGAGGAAGGGAGUAAAAAGCAAAAGCGACAUGAAGAGAAUGUUGGGCUGAAGAAGGAGGAGAUCUCACAACGGGAGAAGCACUUCCGUAUGCGAUUUGAAGAGGAACAAAAGGUAUUCAAACGUCAGGCCAUUGCAGAAGAGGCAAGCUUCAGGAAGGCUUGUCUCGCCAAGCUCCAUGGCCUCUUAGCUGAGAACAAAAGCGACAGAUACAUCCACUUCAUGCAUCCACAUCUUGUGGAUAUUCUAAAGCAGUUCCGGGAGUUGGAAGAACAUUGUAAAUUGCGUUCAUGUCUCGUUCGAAGAUAA